AUGGAAUUACUCAAACACAGAGGGAAAAGUGAGCCUUCUGCCAAGACCCUGCGGCUGCACCAUACAACCAUCAUAUACAGGAAUAGAUUAGGAAUGAAAGUUCAGGUGUUGUCCAUGUGGAUCACACUAUUCUCUGGGGCUACAGCUGAGCUUACAUGUGACACAAUACUCCUGCUCUCCACCAACCUUACAGCUCGUACCUUAAUACUAUGGAACCAGACAGCAAGCUCAAGUAAUGCCACAGGUUUGUUCUGUAAUAUGUCUAUAGAUGGCAUCGGGACAUGUUGGCCCAAGAGCAGGGCCAGGGAAAUAGUAGCACGUCCGUGUCCUGAGACCUUCUUGGGUGUCCGCUACAACACCACCAAUAACGUCUACAGAGAAUGCCUCGCCAAUGGAACAUGGGCAAAGAAAGGGAACUAUUCUCAGUGUCAGGAAAUUCUUAAUGAAGAGAAAAAGAGCAAGCUGCACUAUCACAUUGCAGUGAUUAUAAACUACCUUGGCCACUGCAUCUCUCUCGGAGCCCUGCUGGUUGCCUUCAUUCUCUUUAUGAGGCUGAGGAGCAUCCGCUGCCUUCGGAAUAUCAUUCACUGGAACCUGAUCACGGCGUUCAUCCUCCGCAAUGCUACGUGGUUCGUGGUUCAGCUGACCAUGAACCCAGAGGUGCAUGAGAGUAACGUGAUCUGGUGCAGACUGGUUACAGCAGCAUAUAAUUAUUUUCAUGUGACCAACUUCUUCUGGAUGUUCGGUGAGGGCUGUUAUCUUCACACAGCCAUCGUACUGACUUACUCCACCGAUAAGCUCAGGAAGUGGAUGUUCAUCUGUAUUGGCUGGUGUAUUCCCUUUCCUAUCAUCGUUGCAUGGGCCAUUGGUAAGCUGUACUACGACAAUGAAAAGUGCUGGUUUGGAAAGCGAGCUGGUGUUUAUACUGACUACAUCUACCAAGGCCCCAUGAUUCUUGUUCUCCUGAUCAACUUUAUUUUCCUUUUCAACAUCGUGAGGAUCCUCAUGACCAAGCUAAGAGCUUCUACCACAUCGGAGACAAUUCAGUACAGAAAGGCGGUAAAGGCCACUCUGGUCCUGCUACCUCUCCUUGGCAUCACCUACAUGCUUUUCUUCGUGAACCCCGGAGAGGACGAGAUCUCCAAAAUCGUCUUCAUCUAUUUCAAUUCCUUCCUCGAGUCAUUUCAAGGUUUCUUCGUGUCGGUGUUUUACUGCUUCCUGAACAGUGAAGUACGUUCCGCUGUUCGGAAACGCUGGCACCGUUGGCAGGACAAGCACUCAAUCCGGGCACGGGUGGCACGGGCCAUGUCAAUUCCCACCUCACCCACUCGGGUCAGCUUUCACAGCAUCAAGCAGUCAUCUGCUGUCUGAUCUUAACUGUUCUCAAGCACCACAACUUUCCUUUUAGUGCACUCCCCCCCUACCCUCCAUUGCUAAGCAAACCCAGGGAAAAGCUGCAGUCCAAACCUGAGACCUUGUUGAAUAGCGCCCCCAAAAGCAGUGCACCAAAGCAGAAGCAAGUUUCCGACUGAUCUCCCAGGGUGGUGGAGCACAGACAAAUAAGACGAAGAAACCUGGAGCUGGAGUUACAGUUCCCUCAUCAAGUGAGAGGGGGGUCGAGACCUGAUGAUCCGAAAGGGUAGAACAUCCAAGCUCCAGAAAUGACACUGUAAUGGGGCCUGUCUAGUUUCAGCGGUCAAUGUUUAAUUACUUUACCCUCUUCAACUCUUUUUGUGAAAGGGAUUUUUCAAAUAGAGACUGCUGGCUCAGCUACACCGGUCAAAUCAGGAUAAAGUCAUAUCAGGAAAAUGAAUCCUGAAAGUGUUGUGAAGAAGUCUGUGAAAUACCUGCAGCUACAAACAAAAAGUCUUUGCUGAACUGAUGGUGGCUGACUUUACAUGUGGUGAUUAACGGAACGUCUGUGGAACGUCUGUUUGGGAUGGGUUUUUUUUUGUUUGUUUGUUUUGUUUUAUCAGAUAGCUGAAGUAUUGUAUGUCAGAAUGGGUGUAUGUUCAUAGAAUUUAUGGACCACCUCUACAAACUACAAAAUGAUUGCAGCUUUCUCAGUCUGCUACCCUUUAACAUAAGGAUUUCAAUCAUGACUAUAUACGUGGGAUUUUUGUUGUUGUUGUCGUUGUUGUUGGUUUAAUUGUUUUUGCUCUUUUUUUAGUCCGUGGAUUCAUAAAACUUCAACCUUGUUUAAUAAUCACAGCUUCUCAAAAUGGCCAACUUACAAUUUCUACCAUUCCAGCAGGCAAGUUGAACAGAGGGAUUACCAGUAGUUAACCUUAGAAGAUGUUAUAUUUUGCUUGUGAGUAAAUUUUUUUUAUGUAUUCAUACUGUUCAUGAGGACCAAUAAUAUAAUCUUAUAGCUCAUAAGAUUUCAAUAAUAAUAUGACUAUUGCUUACUUAUUCCUCCGACCCUCUAAUCUCUGCAUUGUGGGAGCUUCUUUCCCUACGACAUUUUCAACCAUAAUACAGUAUAUCAGAGAUAAGUCCUGUAUGUAUUAAUCUGUGUUAAUCACGUGGUAUAUUUUUCACCCAAUACCCAAUUUAGACCAGAUUGAAAUAACAAUAGCAUGAAGAAUUAAACGAUCCAAUACUUUUCGUCAAGGGGUCACCACACCAGCCCGUCCAAUCCACACACAAACAACGUGGCCCGGGUUUUUACAUUGGACACCCUUCCUGACACAACCCUUUUAUCUAGCCAGGAUUGGGACCCAGUGGCUGGGUAGUAUGGCGUGUGGUAACCCACUGAAAGCAGAGCUCAAACCCGGAUCCCAUAUCCCUAAAUCAACAACCUACAGUAGAGCCUUAGCUGCCUGAGCCACUACUUCCCUCUCAAAACCUUUAGAGUGAUAGGUAAAAUUAUGCUUGGGCAAUAAAGAAAAAUGAACUGUUUGAACCAAGAAAGAAAAUCCUGUUACAUAACAUUUUAAAAACUUUAACCUCAUUGACAAAUGACUUGAUUCAAUCUUCCACACACUUUCAUUCUACAAAUUAUUAGAAUAAUAAGAUUCACUACAAACCAAGCAGCACUAAAAAAAGAAGAAACGGGAACAGGGAACAGGACACUUCUCCACAAAUAACCCGAACCAUACCAAAACAUGCAGAGGCGUCUGAGAGGAUUUGGCUGUGCUUUAAAUAGACACGGUUUCAGUGUUCCAGCUGUAAAACUCUGUCAAUUUGUAUAGAAUAUGAAAAACAGUUUGACAUUGAUCGCUUUAGCUUCUUAUACAGAAAGACAGGACGUGUCAAGCACAAGAAGGCAGCUAUUAUGUUAAUUGUGGAGAGGUUUUUUUUUUUUUUACUUUUUUUUUUCUCCCAGCGCAGCCUCCGCAGUGUUUUUGUGAUAAAGCAUGGUGAUAAAACAUUUAGGAGAGAUAUAUGAGAUGGCACAAGAUUAAAGUUUCCCUGCCGCAGGGAUCCAAACUCCUAAUCCAAUUUGUGCCAUUGGGGAAGAAUUGUAAAGUGGUUCAUAUCAGUAAUAAGGGCGAAAUGUGCAAAUACCAUUCAAAUCUCUCAAUUGUAGAAAAUGUCCCAAACUUGGGUGACAGGGCAGGGUUGGGAAAGUAUGACUCAGAGCAAUUCCUUGUGCUGUAACUCGGAAAAAGGUUCUCACAGGCACCCAAGUGACAAGGUAACAGCCAACCAUUUAUUUUCUAUGUACAGUACAUAGGUGUCAAUUUUAGCAACAUUUGCCUAAAACAGCAUGAGAAGCAACAUUUAAAUCGAGACUUCUUCAGUUCUCUGCUAACCAUACAAGCAUACAACUUGGAACAUCAACAAAUCAAAGCAAUCAACUUGAACAUGCUGCUCAUUUAAUCUGUAUUUAAAAAAAUACAUAUCUAGAUAGCUUGCUAUCUACCAGUAUCUGAUAACGAAGCUAGACAAUUGUGUAAGAUGCAAAUCAAUCAUUUUUUUACACUGAAUAAUGAACUGAAUACUGCAUCAUUUUACUAGUUAGCUGUAGAAGUAAAAUGUUUAGCUACGACAAUUGUCAUUGUACAGAGAAAUGUUAGCAGUUGCUACAUUCACAAGUGGUUUAAGUGACUUGCUAAUGAGAGCUUAGGAUGGAUAUAAAAUUCUUUAAGAUCUAAUUUAAUAAAAACAAACCAGACAUUUCUGAGUGAAUAACAAAUAAGCAAAUAGUGACUUAAUCGCAAAAUAUCUUAUUGGGAUCAGCAAAUUAUGAAUGUCCGUGUUGAUACAUAAUACAACUUUCGCCAGAGUUACAUUUACAAUAAUAACACAAUUUUCAGGACAAACGGCAAGUUGGAACUUCACUGGAUCAGCCUUUUUUUGCCCAAUUGAUGCCCAAUUGUUAUUCACCCACUACGGGAAAUUUGGAAACGCCAAUUAGGCUAAAAUGUACUGUGGGAGGAAACCCACCAAGCACGGGGAGAACAUGCAAACUUUACGGACAGAACCAAGGCAAAAAUCUCAAGACUACUGCAGCCUAAUAUUGUUUUUUAAAACCAUUUAAUAUUGAUUUUGCUUUUUGUCUUAUAAUAGACAUUGUCCAUUUGUGCUUGGUCACUGUAGUCUACAGUGUUGUAAAUUGGUGGCUGGUUAGCAAUAAUAGUCUCAUAUCCUUAGUAGUCAUCUUGUCUUUGUCAGACCAUCUUGACUAGUACGCCCACAAUCUACAGUAGUUUGUCUGUAAUGCCAAGUUUUAUCCCCAUUUGACCUGCCAACAAACCUAAAGUAAUACAAC